AUGGCGCCCAAGACAGACUUCCCACCCGUGCGAGCCUGCCUCUUCGACAUGGACGGCCUCCUCCUGGACACCGAAGAUAUCUACACAACCUGCAUCAACAUCGUCCUGCAAAAGUACGGCCGCCCCGACCUGCCCUGGACCAUCAAGGCCAAGCUGCAGGGCCGCCCUGGCCCCCAGGCCAACGAGCUCUUCCACUCCUGGGCCAAGCUGCCCAUCCCCCACGACGAGUACCUGGCGCAGUACUCGGCCCUGCAGCGCGAGCACUUCCCCAGCGCCAAGGCCCUGCCGGGCGUCGAGACCCUGCUCUCGAACCUGGGGCGGACGAGGUGGUGGGACAUACAACACCAGAAGAACCAGGCGGCCAAGGAGGAGGGGGGGGAGGGGGGGGAGGGGGAAGGAAAGAGGGUACACAUUGCCCUGGCCACGAGCAGCAACAGCGCCAACUUCGCCCUCAAGACGGCCCACCUGACAGACCUCUUCUCCGUCUUCCAGAGCCCCCACCGCGUCCUGGGCGACGACCCGCGCAUCCAGCCCGGCCGCGGCAAGCCCCUCCCCGACAUCUACCUCCUUGCCCUGGCCACCAUCAACGGCACCCUCCCGCCAGGCGAGCCGCCCAUCACCCCUGAGGAGUGCCUUGUCUUCGAGGACAGCGUGCCGGGCGUCGAGGCUGGUCGGAGAGCGGGCAUGCGUGUCAUCUGGUGUCCUCACCCGAAACUCAAGGAGCUCUACGACGGGCGCGAAGGGGAGGUGCUGGCCGGCAGGACGGGCGAGGCGGGCGAGGGCGUGGAUGAGCACCAGCUCGGGGAGGUGGACGAUGGGUGGGGCGAGUAUCUGCCGUCUCUUGAGAAUUUCCCUUACGAGAGGUAUGGCAUUGUGGUUCCGCCAGGAGAGGUAGAUGGGGACGAGAGGAUGAGGGAGAGCGCGAGCACGGAAGGGGUGAGGGUGCAGGAGGGUCCAAAAGCGUAGAGAGAGGGUCAUCAUCAUCAUCAUCAUCAUUAUCAAACAGGUAGAAUGGCUGCAAUAUAGACGCAUAGAGACGAGAAAAGAAGAGGCUGUAAG